AGAAGAAGAACUUCGUACCAAUUGUUUGGAAAUCCCUUAUAUUCGUGUUUCAUUACUACUUAAAAUAUGGCUUUCUAUAGUUGUAGCAGAUUGGGUAGCAAAUCUAUGCUUGCAGCUAUAAAUAGGUUUCCAAAUACAUUGGUAAAAGUGAAUUACGCUCAGGCAGCAUCUGGAGUCCCUAAAAUUUCAUUUAAAAAAUUUGAACCAACUCAAGAGGAACAUCAUGACAUCAGAAAUGCCAAACUCAAGAGGCCAAUGUCGCCUCAUCUUACCAUUUACGCUCCACAGCUGACCAGUAUGCUGUCUAUCACUCAUCGAACCGCAGGUGUAAUCUUGUCAACUUAUAUCAGUGCAUUGGGUAUUGGUGCUUUGAUGCUACCUAAUGAUGUUUCUCACUAUGUUACUAUGAUUGAGAGUCUUAAUCUUUCACCUGCAACUAUAUUCCUCGCAAAAGCAGUACUUGCAGCUCCAUUUGGAUACCACUUUGCUAAUGGUAUUAGACAUUUAUAUUGGGACACUGCUAGAGGUCUGACUAUCAAGGAAGUUUAUUCAACUGGAUAUGCUAUGUUAGCAGUUGCUGUUGCUACAACACUAUUUUUGGCUGCAUUAUAAAUAACUGGAAGAGAUGAUUUCAAUGGUUAUUAUUUAUUUUCAUUCUCAUUACUAUUAUAUUAAGUGAUAAAUAAAGAUCAAGUUGUUU